CGUGGCUGUUGGCAGCAGGUAAUCAUUGUACUGAGUCACAUCCCAGGAAGAGACGAAGAUUAAAUGACACUGCUGGCGGUGUCCAUUUUAAUCUACAAACAAGAACACAAUGGUGGAAGUAACACGGCAGCGCAAAAGUGCCACAUCCCUCCAGGCUGGACCUGGUGAGAUAGACCCCAACAAUCUCUAUGCCAUCAAUAUGAGAGUUACCCAGCUUGCUGGACGACAGCUGGCUCAGAUAGGGGAUGAAUUGGAAAACAAAUGGCGUCAACAAUUGCCUGUCCAGUGGCAUCAUCUGAACAUGGGGAUAUAUUCUUAUAUCCGAACCAGGAGGGCAUUCUCUGAGAUCCUUGGCAGCCUUUGGGGGUCUAAAAUGAUGUCAAUGUUAAGGAAGUCCUGGCUGGUUCCAAAAAUUCAGACUGGCUGUCAGGAGGCAAGAAAGUGGGCAGCCUGGGUGUCUAAUUUGAGCGUUUCGUAUUGGUCAAGGAGGACCACAUAUAUACUGGCCUCUGCUUUUUCAUUGGUCGCUGUGUCUAUCUUCCUUACUACUUGGAAUGAUUCUCAAGGCUGAAUGUCACACUGAUGGGGUCAACAGCUGGUCUUUGGCUUCAAGGCGGUCAUAUUUGACCAUCCAACUGCUUAUUUUACAUUCACUUUUAUAACUGAUUUGAAUGAAGUGCUGGUACACAUACAUACAGUAUAUUCAUAUAUUCAGGCCAAUGAAUUGUUAACUAUUCCUCUAAAAGCAUUUCUGCACUACUAUAGGAAGCUGGACUUUCCAAACACAUAAGUUUGAG